GGUGUCCCUUGCGUUCCUGUCCAAGAUGGCGGCCGCGGGCGGCGGCGGCGCGGCGGGAAGCGGUAGCGCCAAGUGAGGCGGUUGUGCCGCCUCCCUGCUCUGCGGCCGCGGCUCUCCACCGGCGGGCCCUAUCGCCGCUGACGGCCUCACCGCCGGGACACGCUCGGGCCUGCUGCAGGGACGGAGCCGCAAGCUGGAGUGAGGCCAGAGCCGGCUCAGACCUUUUCCUGUACAUGGGAACGGGGGAAAGAGCCCAGACGUGGCAACACAUUCUCAGGCUCCUGCAGGACCACCAUGGCUUAUGAUGACUCCAAGAAGAAAGAAGAGUUCCUAGAGAGUGACCGGAGUGUUGAUGAUGGGUUGGCAACUGGCAGGAUACAGCGAGAGAAGAAGCGCUCUUACAAGGAUCUGCGGCAAGAGGAAGAUGAGAUAGCAACUCAGGACAGCGAGCGUUCUCCAGGGACAGAACCUCACAAAAAGAAGAAAAAGCACUCCUCUGAUGAGUUCUGCUACAGAGGUGUUACGCCUCUGGAUCUACCAUCAAAGAAGAAGAAAAAAGCAGUUUCUAGCCCGUCCUCAGCUGAUACAACCAUGGAUUUACUCAAGGCUAUCACCUCACCUUUGGCCACAAGCUCAAAGUCUUCAAAGAAGACCUCUGAAAAAUCAUCUUAUUCUUCCUCUGGCCAUUCUGAAAGCAAAAAGGAGCACCCCAAGAAGAAGCUGAGUGGGAGCAGUGGUGAGCACUCAGUGGAUGAUGGUAGCUUCCACAAAUCUAAAAAAAUGAAACCUCUUUAUGUGAACACAGAGACACUUACUCUUCGUGAACCUGAUGGCUUGAAGAUGAAGCUCAUCCUUUCACCAAAAGAGAAAAGUAGCACAGCAGAUGACGACUCUUUUUCUUACUCUUCAGCACCAGCAGCUUCAAAGAAAUCUUCAAAGAAAUCAGCUCGAGAUGAGCAAGGCUCAUUCCUGCUGGGUCAUGAACUGCAGAGCUUUCUGAAGUCAUCCCGGAAGAAGCACAAGCCACCUCCAGACUCACAUCCACCUUCUGAGAGUUUUGGUGCUGACACCUCUGUUUAUUCAGAGGACCAUGGGAGCGAGUAUGAGAUUUCAGGUAUGGAGGCUCCACCAGAAUCUGGCUCCUCUUCUGGUGGGGAGUUGGAGGCUGGGGAGCUAGUGAUAGAUGACUCCUACCGGGAAAUCAAGAAGAAGAAGAAGUCAAAAAAAAGUAAGAAAAAAAAAGACAAGGAGAAACACAGAGAGAAGAAGCAUUCUAAGUCUAGAAAGAGUUCUGGGCACAGUUCUGAAGUAACAGUAUCACCACCACCACCUCCUCCCAGUACCCACUAUGUUCUUCCUCCACCUCCUCCUGCUGUUUUCCACUCAGAUGGUCAAAGUGAGAAGAGAAGGAAAAAGGAAGACAAGGAGAAAGACAAAGCUGAGAAAUGGGAAAAGGAAAGAGAAAAAGAAAAGGAAAGAGAAAAAGAAAAGGAAAGAGAAAAAGAAAAGGAAAGAGAAAGAGAAAAGGAAAGACAAAGAGAAAGAGAAAAGGAAAGAGAAAAUGAAAGAGAAAAAGAAAGAGAAAAGGAAAGAGAAAGAGACAGAGAAAAAGAAAGAGAAAGAGACAGAGAAAAACCAAAGAAGAAAAACAUGUCUGCCUAUCAAGUGUUCUGUAAGGAAUAUCGUACAAAUAUUGUGUCUGAGCACCCUGGAAUAGAUUUUGGAGAGUUAAGUAAAAAACUGGCAGAAGUGUGGAAGCAGCUACCUGAGAAGGAUAAAUUGAUCUGGAAACAGAAAGCUCAGUAUCUCCAACACAAGCAGAAUAAAGCAGAGGCUACCACUGUGAAGAGAAAGGCAUCAUCUUCAGAUGGUGCACCAAAAAUAAAAGCUUCUCCAACAGGAGUGAUUUCCCCUCAGAAGAAAUCCCCCACCAGCACCGUAGUGGUGCCUUCCUCACCAGCCAAAGCCCCUGAGACAGAACCUAUUGAUGUAGCUGCACACUUACAGUUGCUGGGUGAAUCUCUGAGCCUUAUUGGACACAGACUGCAAGAAACAGAGGGAAUGGUGGCUGUUUCAGGAAGUUUGUCAGUACUUUUAGAUUCAAUCAUCUGUGCUUUGGGCCCAUUAACAUGUUUGACCACACAACUACCUGAGCUGAAUGGCUGCCCAAAGCAUAUUUUGUCAAACACACUAGACAACAUCGCCUACAUCAUGCCUGGACUUUGAUGGGAAAGGAUCAUGGGAUGUACUCAACCUCUACAUAACUGACUUGUGUACAUAUGCACUACACCGGCACUCCUGAAGGGCUCCGUGUGUAGGGUUUUAAAGUUUUGUAUCUGUGUAGUGUAUACAUAGGAUUGUAACUAUUUGAUUUCUGUUUUAUGCAAAGUUGUGAGGUUAAGCUGAGAAAAUCCUUUUGUGUUGAUGGGUGAAAUGUCCUCCAAUCUCCAAGUAUUUUGUACAAAGAAUUCAGAAAGCUUUUGAGAUACUCGCCUUAAAUUCAGACUGUUUAAUGGGGGAAGUGGACAGAGAAUGGAUUUCUUGAUAUGAAGAAAAACGUCACCAUGAGAAGGGGCCAUUGAAACAGAUGUCCCAGGUUGGUUGUUGACUCUUCAUCCUUGAUGAUAUUCAGAAACUGAAUGAGCAGCCUGCUGUAGUUGGACUUUUUCGAAGCAGGGGGAUAGACUAGAUGACCUCCUGAUAGCCCUCCCAGCUUGAAGUAUUCUGCUAUUCUUUGGGCAGAUAGAGAUGGUAACAUAUUUUGAACCAAGGAAUAGAACUGAACUCUUCACCAGCCCUGUUUCUAAAUGUUUUUCAGUUUAAAAUCUGCCACUUGAGGGGAAAGCUGGAUAGCUGAUCAAAGAUACAGAGGUCUUUACCUCUUGAUCACUUCAUCUAACCCCCUCUUCAGUCAGUAGUAACUGAAAGUUGUCAGCAUCAGCUGGCAUUUGAAGUACAGUGGAAAAUGACAACAAAUUUAAUCUCUUCUUGGGAACUUGCAUCCAAUUUGUCAUUAGCAAGGUAUACCAGCCAGCUGCAUUGGCCUGAGAGAAUGAACCUCCUGCUGAUUUUUUCCAGAGCAUGGUCAGCCUGCUUUGAUGGAGAAGAGCAUGGAAGCAGAUGGGAAAAACUUGGAUUGCUUCUGCCCAUCCUGCACCUCUUUUGUGAACAGACAAUUUUGGUUUCCGAGAUUGCUCGUCCCUUUCACCAGCAGUAUUGACAGAGCCAUGGUGCUGCUGUGAGGCAGUGAGCUGUGACCAGUUUGAAGCAGUUAUGGCUGAGUAAGGGACAUGUGGGUUGAGUGGACCACCUCCCCUUCCUUCCAGCCACAUACUUGGUGUUUGGUUUUCUGCUUCUCUGGAAGAGGACCCACAGGAGAGCACUUGGUUAUCAUGUAGGCUUUUAUGUGUUUGUGUGUACAUGUAUGUGGUGUUCACAUCAUAUGUAUUUAACUUUUACCAAUAUCUGUAACAGAUUUUAAUUUAUCCUGUAUAUUUCUCUAUAUAUAUGUGUGUAUAUAUAUAUGCACAUAAUUUAAAAGCAAAAAUCCCUCCCUCCACCAACAGUGUGCGGAAAAUACAAAUCAAGUUUGCCUCACCCCACUUCCUGCAGGAAUCAGCUAUAUGUGUAGUAGUAAGCCAAGGGAAACCACCAGGAAGGUUUUAAAGCAUUUACAGAAACAGGCUACCUUGUGAAGGUAGGUAGAACAACUGAAACUGUAGCCGUUCCAGCCUUAUAGAAGUUUUUAAAUGAGAGGAACACUUUUUUACUUUCAGCCUGAAGUCUAGCUUCUGUUUUUCAAGGCAGUUGAAAGUAAGCUGUUCCUCAUUGUGGCUAAGCCCCAGAUCACAUUUAAAUUAAAUCCUCAGGUGUGCAGGAGGGUUUUUCCUCCCAUUCCUCUUUGCCACGUAUUCCUCAGCUGUGCCUGUACAAGGUAGUCUGUCUCUUACAGAGCUUUUCUCAGUGCAGUGUUAGGUUUUCUCAGUCAGUGGAGGAGGCAGAAGGUUCUCAGACCACCGUACACGUUCUCAAUUCAAGCUUCACACCAGAGCAUACAUGUUUUAACAAUGACUAAUCACAGUAAGCCUGGAAUUGGGAAGGGCCCAGGAGGGAGGCAGUCCCAAUCCUACUGCGGAUCCAGGCCUGUCCUAAAGCAUCUGCUGUUGGGAGCAACACAAAAUCACUGGCUGUUUCCAGCCCUUCACAACAGAGCAUUCUGGUGAAGGUACAGACCUGUUCUCUAAGGAACAGAAAGGGAUCAGCUUUAGCUGUGUCAUCUGUACAGCAAACCUCUUUGACAAAUGAAAUACACACACACAACCCUGGUGUAUUGUAUUUUUAUUGCAAUUUGUACACUUUGUAUAAUCUGUAUCUUGUGGUAUUUGUUACUAGAGGGAAAACUUUGACAAGACUUGGUUUUUAUAUUUUUGUUAUUUCCUUGCUGUUUGAUCCAGAUUACACUUGUACAAAGACACUUUGGUUUUGUUGUUUUUUUUUUUUGUACUGUACUUACAAUAUAAUUUUCUUU